AUGCAUCUCUCAAUCACCGUUGCCUUAGCUGUUGUUUCCGCUGUCCAAGCUGGUUACGUCAAGCCAUACAAGACUUCGUGCUGUGAAGACAGUGAAAUCACCACUUUUGAUGACUACUUUGCUUUAGCUAUCAAGCCAUUAUGUGAGGACAAACUUUACAUUGCAUUUGAAAUCGAUGAUGGCCAGUUGGAACACAACUGUGACACUGUUUGCUGUGAUGUUGCUUACGCAACACCUUAUUACGACGAUUACUACGAUGAUGACUAUGAUGAUGACUAUGAUUAUGACUGUGACGAUGACUGCUACAGCACUUGCUACGAUGACUGUGACGAUGACUGCUACAGCACUUGCUACGAUGACUGUGACGAUGACUGCUACAGCACUUGCUACGAUGACUGUGGCGAUGACUACUACCCAGACCCAGUCUAUGAGGACUGCGACUACGACUGUGACGAUGACUGCCACACUACUUGCUACGAUGACUGCUACAGUACUUGCUACGAUGACUGCGACGAUUACUAUGGCGACGAUUACUAUGGCGACGAUUACUAUGGCGACGACUACUAUGGCGACGACUGCUGUGACUACGACUGCUGUGACGACGACUGCUGUGACGACGACUGCGAUGAACACAAAAAAUACUACUCCGGCUACAAGAAGAAGAGAGGCGACUACUACUCCAAAAAGAAGAGCUCAUAUGACUACUUGUGCUACGAUUACUGCUCGGCUGAUAUCAGCUGCUACGAUACUUUCACUUUGUGCGAUGGCGUGAUCACCGAUGAAGAAAAAAGAAUUGGGGAAAUUGUCGCUAACCACCAAUUCCAAUUUGAUUUCCCAACUCAACCAGAUGCCUUGUUUACCUGUGGAUGGUCUAUUGUCUACAAAGACGGCUACUACUUGUUGGCCUUGAACAAAUGCACCACUUUCUGGGAAUGUGCCGUUGAUGACUGUGGCACUUACAAGAUCUACGACAAAUGCAUCGGUGGCCAAUGCAGAGAAGUUGAAAUUGUCGUUAUUUACGACAAAUGCUACUAA